UUCUCACCAUGAGAAACUGGGGCACCCUCAAGGAAAAGUACGCUGCAAGCUACAUUUCAUGCCUACCAAGCCGAUAAAUAGCGAGCGGAUUAGAAGACAUAUUAGCAUCGAGCAAGAGAGAAAAAAUAAAGAGAGAAACUCACCUUAAAAUUUAACUCAAAAACAAAACCAAAAAAAAAAAAAUUAAGAAUGGAAGAUUUGAUGCAAAUAAAGCAAAGUCUUAAAGAAAAUAAAGACAAACUAAUAUCUUUAAAGAACAGCGAGGCUUCUAGAGUUGAGGGUGGUAUUGAUGAUGUGAAUAGGCUGUUGAAGAUGCUGGAAGUUAUUGAAGCCAAGCUUUAUGUUGCAGAAUCUACAUUGCAAUCGAGUAGUGGUUCUCUUGACAAAGGGUUAGUGGAAAGGGUUAAACAUAUGCUCUUUCUUUUGGAAUCCUUUCUUGAAGGUGAUCAUAUGAAAGGAAAGGCCAAGAUGUUUGAAGAGGAAAGUAAAGUGAAGCCUAAGAAUCUCCUAGAGAAAUUGUUCAAGCUUUUAAAAGAUGAGGAGGUGAGUGUUAAACUGUUAAUGAAUCUGACGAUGGGAAUAUGUUUUUUUCAAAGAAUAUACUACCUCCGGUUCAAUUUAGUCGCAAUAAAGGAAAAUUUUGCGCAAAUCAAGGCAAAAGAUUGAAAGCAUGAAUAUGGAAAAAUAAGGGUACAUGCUUAACUAUUAAUCCAAUCCAAAAAAACAAAAAAAAAACCUUAAUUAAAUUAAAACAGUAACACACCACCACCACUAUUGACACCACCAAGCAUCACCCAAACCACCCACCACCACCACCCAGCAUCACCGAAACUACCCAGCACCGCCGACGCACCACCACCGCACCACGCACCCAGCAACCCGUCGUCCCACCACCACCACCACCCCACGACGUACCCAGCAACCCACGAACGCAACCACUACCACGAACCUAGCAACUACCACGACCCCACCACCACCACCCCACGCACCCAGCAACCCACGAACCCAGCCGUGGAUUUGAAACCCACGAAUCAAACCCACGAAACCAAACCACCGAUCUGCAACCCACGAAUCAAACCCACGAAACCAACCCACAAACCACUAUCGCCGCUGAUCGGAAACCCACGAAUCAACCCCACAAACCAAACCGCCGAUCUGCAACCACGAAUCAAACCCACGAAACCAACCCCACGACGCCGCCGAUCUACAACCCCCGUCGCUUGUAACACCAUGAAGCCACCAUGAAAAUGGGGUUGGAGGAGGAGAUAGAAUAUUAAAUGGGAUGAGAGUAUAAUUAAUUAAGAUUGGGGUUUAAUUUAAUGAAAUCAGAUUUGUAAUUUAAUAAGGGUGUUUAAGGAAAAAAAAAGUAAGGGCAUAUAUGUCAUUUUACAAGCUAAAAGUUACCAAAUAAGGAAAAAAAAAAUUGUUACAAGUAAUUUGAACCACCCCAAAAUGGAAAUUGUUGCAAUUAAAUUGUACCGGAGGUAGUAAUAUAGAAACUUCAUGCUUAAUUAAGAAAUAUUUUUUAGGUUGUCCACAAGCAUAGACAAAUAUGAUAGAGAAUCUGUUAAGAUUUAAUUCGGUAAAAUAAUUUAAUUUAGGGUAAAUUGAUGAUUAUCAAUCCCAACUUUAACCUAUUUUUUUGCAAAAAUAAAUAAUCCCGAACUUGAAUUAUAUUUAACAAUUCGAAUUUUAAUGUCAUUCGCUUUCAUUGGUGCAGAAAAUGGACCAAAGCAAGUACUAUAUGUUUAUAUACAAUAAUAUGAAUGCAAAUUUAUAUAUAUUUACCUUCUUUUUCAUAUAUACUACGUAUAUAAUUGCAUUAUUUGUCUUUUUGGAUUUAGUUACAUAUCAUGAAUUAUACUAUAAAUACACAAUUAAGGAAAAUUCUCUAUAGUAGCUCUCAACAAUUAUUAUAGUAAGAUGGUAGCUCUCCCUUUUUUUUAAUGGCGCAAAUUCAAAACAAAACAAAAAAAAAAAAAAAAAAAAAAUAAGUCCCACAAAUGGCAAAUGUAGAUUAUUAUGAUAAAUUUUUAGUAAAAAAUUAACUAAGGUUAGAUGUUUAUAAAAAAUAAAUAAAUAAAGUAACCUCAUUACUUCGCAAGUAACUAAGAGACGGCUCCAGAAACUUGCUUUGUAUAGGACGGGCCGUAUAAACUACGAAGUACAAGAAUUAUUUGAUUUAAAAAACACACCAAAAAAAUGGUUGUAGUGAAAUUUAAACCCUUACCAAGGGGCUCUAUAGCAAGGAUAUUAUAGCUAGAUGUUUAAAACCAACUCAUCUAGCUAUCUUUUAAUUUGCACAAUAAAUAUAUCAACUUUAUCCAUAAAAGUACUACAAAAAUCAAGGCUAGGGUGGGCCAUGGCCUGGGCAGGCCCGCCCAUGAAUAUGUCUUUGUUAGAUGUUCAUAUGUGGAUGACAAAAUAUUGUAAAUCAAAUCCAUACCAUUUACAUACAUCAGUACUCUAGGCAUUACUAAAUACCUUCCUUUCAUGUACUGUUAAAUAUUGUUAAAAACAAAAAAUAAUAUAGUCAUGUGAGAUCUUAUAGGAUUCGCUCGAUUGAUAUUAAUGAAUAUCUACUUCAUAAUUAUUAAUAGGUUUUGUAUGGACCCGGUCUACACAAAAUCUAUUGUAAACCCAAUAUUUGACACUCCCAAUUAAAUAGUCACAUUUUGAUGACAUAAAAUAGUUCUUUUUUAGAUGAUAUAAUUAUUUUGUUGCGAGUCAUAUUUGAAUGAUAUAGUUACUAUUUAAUACUUUUUUGAUACAUUUACUGUUUGAAUUAUAUACAUGGUAAAUAAUAUAAGCAGUUUCUAAUAAUAUAAUCACUUUUGGAUGAUAUAUUUAG